AUGGAAGAAGACGAGGACACCAUGAUGGGGCAGACCCCCAAGCUCCCUACCACGUCCUCUUAUGCAUCUCUCACGCAUCCCCCUCCCUCCACCCAUCUACACAACGAGGGGGACCUUGCUCUUGCUCCUGAAUUCAUGCCCCCAUCAGCACCAAAAUCUCUAUCUCCUGGAUCUGAACCUUUUUUAUCCCACCAGUCUACCGGCCACGUGGGAGAUGCUUCUCUAGAAGGACAAAUCAAACCAAGUGACUCUGAGAGCAAUUCCGCCUCGCAACUCGCAAAACGUGAUAGUCUUAUUGAACCUAACUCCGACUGGUCGGAUGAAGAAGUCAUGCUCCGGUCUGGCCUUCCAGUAGGGUCGCUACCGACGGGUCUUUGCUAUGACGAGCGCAUGCGCUUCCACUGCGAGGUCCGUCCCACCUCGGACGUGCAUCCGGAGGACCCGCGGCGCAUCUGGUAUAUUUACAAGGAACUAUGCCGUGCCGGCCUGGUCGAUGACCCGAUAUCGACUCGACCGCUAGCUCCUCAGACUCUUCAGAGGAUCAACGCACGCAAGGCUACCGAAGAGGAAAUUACCAUGAUCCACACAGAUGCUCACUAUGCCUUUGUCAAAAGCACUGCAGACAUGUCGGAUGACGAUUUGGUUCUCCUGGAGAGAGAGAAAGAUUCGAUUUACUUCAAUGAUCUGACAUUUGCCUCUUCUAUCUUGUCUGCUGGAGGAGCCAUUGAAACCUGCCUGGCAGUCGCGCAGCGCAAGGUCAAGAAUGCCAUCGCCGUCAUCCGCCCGCCCGGCCACCAUGCCGAGCACAACGAGGCCAUGGGCUUCUGUCUUUUCAAUAAUGUCUCAGUCGCAGCACGUGUCUGUCAAAAGGAACUCGGUGAAAAAUGUCGCAAGAUUAUGAUUCUUGAUUGGGAUGUCCAUCAUGGGAAUGGAAUUCAGAAAGCGUUCUAUGAAGACCCAAAUGUUCUCUACGUCUCUAUUCACGUUCAUCAGAACGGCAGAUUUUACCCCGGUGGCCCUGCAGGAGAUUGGGACCACUGUGGUGAGGGUCCGGGACUCGGAAGGAACAUUAACAUCCCAUGGCCGGAUCAGGGAAUGGGGGAUGGUGACUACAUGUGGGCUUUCCAGAAAGUCGUGAUGCCCAUUGCGACGGAGUUCAACCCAGACCUGGUGAUCAUUUCGGCUGGAUUUGACGCUGCUGCUGGCGAUGUCCUGGGCGGCUGCUUCGUGUCUCCUCCCUGCUAUGCUCAGAUGACCCACAUGCUCAUGACUCUUGCUGAUGGUAAGAUUGCUGUCUGUUUGGAAGGAGGAUACAACUUCCGUUCCAUUUCCAAGUCUGCCCUGGCGGUGGCUAAGACCCUUAUGGGUGAGCCGCCGGACCGUCUGAUGAACACUAUUCCCACGGAGGCUGCCAAGGCCACCGUCGGUCGCGUCAUGAACAUCCAGGCUCAACAUUGGCGUUGCAUGUUCCCGAAGCCCCCGAGCCAUCCGGUCUGGGCAGAUCGACUUCACGGUAUGCUUGGUGUCCCGCCAGCCCACGAACAGUCAUUGACGGCCGCUGCAGACAUCCUUCGUGACUACCAGUCCAAGCAACUCUACGAGGAAUUUAAACUCACCCCUCUGUGGAUCUAUCGCACGGCAAUUUCCAAAUCGUUCAAGAAUCAAGUUCUGGCAAGCUCCAACUGCAACGAAAUAACUCCCCUUAUUGUCAUUUUCCAUGACCCUCCUGAGCUUAUGGGACAUCCCGAUCCCGUGACCAACCGAUUGGAUGCCCACAACACGUGGGUGGCCGAUGCAUCGAAGGAUUACAUUGCAUGGAUCGCGAAAAAGGGCUAUGCCCUGAUUGAUGUUAAUAUCCCCAAGCACAUCACUCGGGAGCCGGCAACCGGCAAAUACGAGGAAGAGGAUGAAAAUCGGCCCACUGCAACCGAAGAGCUGGCCAGCUACUUGUGGGACAACUACAUUGAACCGACAGAUGCCACCGAAAUCUUUUUCAUGGGGAUCGGCAACGCCUUUUACGGGAUAGCUAACUUGCUGAUCAACAGAGAAAACCUGUACAAACGCGUCAAUGGCAUCGUAUCCUUCGUGGCCGAGAACCCCGUCCGCGCGAUUGCAUCACCUACGCAAACGUGGCUGUCGAAAUGGUACCGCGAGAACUCUCUGGUCUUUGUCUCGGAGACGCACGGCGUCUGGGGCAACCCGGAUCGCAAACCCUCCAAGCGCUAUGGAACUUUGAUCAAGUCCCCCGAAAGCCAACUGAACGAGAUGCUUGCCCGACACAAGGAGCAAGUCUUCGAAUGGAUUUCCGAACGUGCCGAUGAUGACGAGGACGAAGAUGAGGACGCUGAUCAGGAUGCAGAAAUGAAGGAUUAA